GAAACAUGGAGGACUCCACUGGCAGUAAUCCUCAAUCUCUUGGAUUUACAGACAAAUUAAAGUCUUGGCUGUCUUGGUCAUGGACUUACGUGUGCUUCAUUUGGUUCGGCAUGGUGCUGAUCAUGAUAUACGUCCUGUGGAGCCCGCUGAAACUGCAGGAAACUCUUACCUCAGCCUCAGUGUUUCUGAACACACUGACCCCAAAAUUCUACGUGGCCCUCACAGGAACCUCCUCCCUCAUCUCUGGACUCAUCCUUAUAUUUGAAUGGUGGUAUUUCCGUAAGUACGGGACCUCGUUCAUUGAACAAGUGUCAGUGAGCCACCUACGUCCUCUAUUGGGAGGAGUGGAAAACAGCUCCACGACUGGUCUCUUCUCAUCAGUCAAUGGAGACGCGGAGCCUAGACCCAGUGUUUCAGAGUGUAAGGUCUGGAGGAAUCCUUUGAAUCUCUUCAGAGGAGCUGAAUACAACAGGUAUACCUGGGUGACUGGAAAGGAACCAUUAACAUACUAUGACAUGAACCUGUCUGCUCAAGACCACCAGACCUUCUUCACAGGGGACACACAGCAGUUAAGACCAGAAGAUGCCGUGAUGCAGAAGGCCUGGAGGGAGAGAAAUCCUCAAGCCAGGAUCAGAGCAGCUUACCAGGCCAUAGAGAUGAACCACGAAUGUGCUGCAGCUUAUGUACUUCUAGCAGAGGAGGAAGCCACAACUAUCACAGAGGCUGAACGUCUCUUUAAAAAAGCACUGAGCAUUGCUGGAAAAGACAUCAACUUACUAGUGUACAUUAAACGCAGACUGGCAAUGUGUGCACGAAAGCUUGGCCGGAUUAAAGAAGCGGUGAAGAUGAUGAGAGAUUUAAUGAAGGAGUUCCCAUUGUUGGGAAUGUUAAACAUACAUGAAAACCUCUUGGAGGCGCUUCUAGAGCUUCAGGCAUACGCUGAUGUCCAAGCAGUUCUAGCCAAAUAUGAUGAUAUCAGCUUGCCAAAAUCAGCUACGAUAUGCUACACAUCUGCACUGUUGAAAGCACGGGCUGUUUCAGAUAAGUUUUCUCCGGAGGCAGCAUCGAGGCGAGGGCUCAGUACAGCAGAGAUGAAUGCUGUGGAGGCCAUUCACAGAGCUGUUGAGUUCAAUCCACAUGUGCCAAAGUACUUAUUAGAGAUGAAGAGCCUGAUUCUGCCUCCAGAACACAUCUUAAAAAGGGGCGACAGCGAAGCAGUGGCAUACGCCUUCUUCCACCUGCAGCAUUGGAAGAGGGCAGAGGGAGCCUUAAACCUACUACACUGCACUUGGGAAGGAACCUUUCGGAUAAUUCCUUACCCACUGGAGAAGGGUCACCUGUUUUAUCCCUACCCAGGAUGCACAGAAACAGCAGAUAGGGAACUACUGCCCUCGUUUCAUGAGGUAUCUGUGUACCCCAAGAAAGAGCUACCUUUCUUCAUCCUCUUCACAGCAGGCCUUUGCUCCUUCACUGCCAUGCUGGCCAUGCUCACACAUCAGUUCCCUGAACUCAUGGGUGUCUUUGCCAAAGCAUUCUUCAGCACCCUCUUUGCACCCCUGGGUUUCUUCGCAGACAAGAUGGAAAGCUUCAUGCCGUCCAGUUUUUGGCACCAGCUGACUCAGAUCUGACCCCAUCUCGCACACACAAACACACACACACAUAUAUACACACACCAACACAUCUCCAAACCCUCAGACAAAAAGUGUUUGCUCUCCUGUCUUCAGCAUUACUGUCCACUUGCUGCGUUGUUACUGAUUAUGUUGGCUAAGGUUGUAUCAACAUGGCAAUACCACUCUCAAGAUGCUCUCCCACACUGUUCCAGCAGCCAGUUAUAUUUCCAAGAAUACAUGUCGUGAGUACCACUUGCAGCAAUUUCACAGGCUCAUUCAUUUGUUAUUAUGUCAGACAGGGAAGAUCUAAUAAGGAAUUUGGCAGAGGCACCAGUCUGCUGGUUUUUAAUGCUCCUUUAGCUACUUAUUUUGUGCAAUUACUUUGUUAUUACCAUUCACAUUUUUGAGAAUAUCUGUUUACUGAAACUCCCUUUGGCCAGAACUCUUAUUUAUGUGUAUCGGACAGAUUCAAGGGGCUCUUUGGGACGGGGACCUACAGUACGUGUCCUAUAUCAGCUCCACUGACAUGUAACGGGGCAGGAUUUAAAAGUCCGCAAGACCUCCUAAACCCAGAGCUGUGAUUUACACCCUUGGAGUGUCUACAGUGUAUACAACGCCCCUGCUGUUCAGCAGUUGUUGCCAUGGCAUGACACCUCAGUACUAUAUCACCGGGGUAACCGCUAGCACCCCUAGCCACCCAGAACAUCAAAAUGUAAAUGGAUUCAUCACUGGCCAUGGUAAGGCCUCUCAUGGCAUCAUUCAUGUCUUCUGAUUGCACUACUAAACAUUUUACCCCAUCCUGUUAAUCAGCUAUUCCUGACGGUAAAAGAGACAUUUCUAAAGUAUAACUAUAUAACAUAGCAUUACAGUAAAUCUAAAUCUACUGUUAUCUACUGUGAGUAUUUCAGCGAGUGAUACCUCAUAUUAAGAUGACCAACGGUGUUUACUUAAUACCAUAUAUCCUCAACUAUUGCAUAUGCAGUGGAAUUGUGCAUGUGCUGCCAUAACAAUAAUAAUAAUAAUAAUAUAUAAUAAUUAUUAUAUUUAUUAAUAAUUUUCCACCCAUUAAAGAUCCCAGUGUGACUGGGAGUACCACUGUAUUGUAACACUCAGUAAAAAAAAAGAAAGACUAAUAGCUAACAUAAAUGUGCCUGGUCAGAAAUUGUCAUAAAACCUGAAAUUGUGAUGCAGUGUGUGUACAGUAUUGAAAUAUGUAUCAGCUAUUGUACUGCUGAUUCAUAUUUUAACCUAACUUAGUCCUGGUUGAUGGUUAAUAUGGCAUCUGUCUUCCCACCAUUUGUUACAUUCACAGGAUUUAUAACAUAAAAUUUACAAGUAAUGUUUUCAGAUACUAGUUAUUCCAGUGUUUGUGAUUAUUUUGAUCUAAAGCCUCAGAGUGUGCUGCAAAUGACAUUACACUCUCAAUUGUCGACCCUGUAGGUUAAUAAGUGCCUUUUAGUGAAUCAGAUUUGCUAAACAUACCAAUAUGAUUAAAAAACAAAUUGAUGUUAAAAGUAAAGUUUCAUCAAAAACAAGAAGUCAAAUUUAUCAUGCAGGUGUAUUUCAACUUUACACUUCCAUUAACUCUAAACUUUGGCCCGUAAAACCUGUGUAUAUUCUGGACACAUGUUUUAGUGUUUCUGUGCAGCUGAAAUGUGAGAGUACAUGCUGACGACAGGAGGAUGUGUGAAAAAUUGUAACUUCCAUUGGAUGAGUUUGAAAGCAAAACUCACAAUAAAUUACUUCUACCGUGCAA